GAUGCUGCGCUCGGUCUUCUGCUCCAUCUGGGGGGGUCUGGGCGCCUUCUACUGCCUGGUGGUCUCCUCCACCGCCCUGGCCGACGGGCCCUGGUGCGAAACCAAGCCGGGGAAGUGGGAAUCCCCCUUCAAGGGUCUCAGCGGCAGCUACCUCCAGAACAAGACGCUGUGGGAGCUGUGCGCGAACCCCCCGUCCAUCGUCCUCUGGCACAUCGUGCUGUUCUCCAUCCUGCUGGGGCUGAGCCUGGUGGAGAUGGCGCUGUGCGCCAUCCAGGUGGUCAACGGCCUCCUGGGCACCGCCUGUGGCGACUGCCGGAAGGACAGCGACCGAGCCGGGGAAGGCCUGUGAGACCGACCGACCGACUGACCGGCCGAAGCUCCUACACCGACACAUCCACUCCUCCGCCCAAUAGCCCCCUCCCCAAACGUCUUGGCCAGCAGGGGUGCAAUCUGGAAGGUUUAUUGGAAGACACACACACACACACACACCCAAAUAAACUGUAGCCUCCGUC